CAGAUACACACAGACACACAGUUUAAAAUAAAAUACAUUGCUAAAAAUAAGAAGAGUGAUGGAAAUCAAGAUCACGGAGUGCUUACUGUGUUUCAACUCCUUACAUUCAUCAACUCAGUUGUCUCACCUUGUCUGUGAAAUACCUGUUGCGGUCACUGCCAUUUACAAAAGAGGAAACCAAAGCCACGAGGAGCCAAAUCACUUGCUCAGUCUCAUAUGGCUUCUAAAGGAUAGAAGCAGACUGGUCACAGAUGGGAACUUAAUCUCAAAGGAUGCCCAGGGCUGGGGAUGUAUCUCUGUGCAAGACCACUUGCCAACAUCUAUAAGGUUCUAGGUUCAAUCCCCAUUACUAUCAAACAAAAUAACAAAAAAAAAUCUAUCAAAAGAUGUCCAUACAUGCUCAGAGAAUAGAUUUGUUAAUCUGACGCAUCCUGUUGCUGGAAUUGCAGAUGUUAUAAAAAAUAGAAAUGAAACUUCAGAAAUACUUUUUAAAGUUUUAAAAAUGAUGUUUAAUGUCAUUUCAGACACAGGCACUUGUCCUUUCUCGGACUUAGUGAGAUGUUGCAUGUAAAGGCCACCAACACUGCAGCACUGAAGCUGCUGGGGCUAAAGCACCUGCUAAGAUGCUCCAUUUGCGAAGUCCACACAUGCUGCAGAUGCUGGAGAACUCCUUACGGAAGCAACUUCCUGAGUCCUUAAAGGUUUAUGGAACUGUCUUCCACAUGAACCAGGGAAACCCAUUCAAGCUAAAGGCACUGGUGGACAAGUGGCCUGAUUUUAGUACAGUGGUUGUACGUCCUGAGGAUCAGGAGAUGGCCGAUGACCUUGAUACCUACACCAAUACCUACCAAAUCUAUUCUAAGGAUCCUAAGAACUGUCAGGAAUUCCUUGGCACAUCAGACGUCAUCAACUGGAAACAGCAUUUCCAGAUCCAAAGCACGCAGUCCAGCCUGAAUGAAGUGAUACAGGGCCUUUCAGUUCCUAAAUUGGUCAAGGUCAAGAGAACACAACGCAUUCUCUACAUGAUGCCUCAGACAGCAAAGAAACUGGUCCCUUUCCUAAUGCCAGAUGCUGAGAGCUUACAUUGUCAACCUGGCAGACCCCGGGGCAUCAACCAAGAGAUGUUCAAACUGUCAUCACUGAAUGUUAUUCACGCUGCCUUAGUGGAUAAAUUUUGGCAAUUUGGUGGCAAUGUUAGGAGCCAGAGAUACAUCGAACGCUGUAUUCAGAUCUUUCCCAGCUCUUGUCUUCUAGGACCUGAUGGUACACCCGUGUCCUGGGCCCUCAUGGACCAGACUGGAGAGAUGCGAAUGGCAGGCACUGUGCCUGAUUACCGGGCACAAGGCCUCAUCUCCCAUGUCAUUUAUACUCAGACUCUGGCUAUGGAUGAGCUUGGCUACCCUGUGUAUAAUCAUGCAGACAGAGCCAAUAAAAUCAUACAGAAAAUGAGUCACACUCUGCAACAUGUCCCCAUGCCUUGUGACUGGAACCAGUGGAACUGUGAGCCUCUGUAACUAUGGUGCUGAACACAAGGCUUUGGUAGGUGGAAUGUGAUGGGGCUGGAGGAGUGGAUAGUGGAAAGAGAGAGAGGACAGAUUGUAAGGAGCAGUAAAGGAAUGGGCACUGUCGGGGCUCUGGGAAAGCAGAGUGAAUGGUUAAUGGUACUCUAUGGUCUCUGUACCCAUCUUACCCCUAAGACCCAGCAGACCUGAUAGGACCAGACUGCUCCACUCUGGACAUUGGCCUUAUUCAAUCUUCUAUACCCUGGACAUCAGUGACACUUUUUUUCAGCCUCAUGUUACCCUUGUGAGCAUUAUUUCCCAGAAUCAUACUUACCAGUUUGCCAAGAUGUGGUGCUACAUUGUAAACUAUGUGUGCUUUUCCCUUUCCUUUAUUUAGUAGCCACAGUGUGUCCCAUCUAUUCAGCAGGUACUUUGAAAUGAUUGCUUCACUUGUUGUUUGAUCUGUGUUUAUUAACCAUGUUAAAUAUUGCACAAAUAAAUAUAUGAUAGUGAUUGAACAUGG